AUGGCCUCCAAUGCUCCGGGCGCGGUAUCUGACGAUUCUCUAUCCUCACCACCACACUCUCCCUCGCCUGAGCCGCUUCGCCAUGCGAGUGCUAGCGUCCAUAUCGCCCCACUAGGUAUUAAUGCCUCCAACAGUACAACCACAUCAGAACCCGCCGUCAAGGCCAGAAGGAAGCCGGGAAGAAAACCACGAAAUUAUGUUCCUGGCCCAAAUUCUCCUCCCCCUAAACAACGAAAGCCGAGACGGCCCAAGGAUCCCGAUGCACCCCCCGUGCAACGCAAGCGGAAGAGUGGAGCAACCCCAGCUCCUGAAGCUCGCUCGUCUUUGCCCUCAGGGUCCUUCUUCACCGACGGUGGGAAGAGCGAAGUAGUAACUUCAACGGUUCCCAAUAAUGCUAGCUUUUUCGAUCCUACGGCUCAGCAGCAACAGCAUGCCCCACCUUAUCAAGCACCACGUUCAUCUGGUCAAAAUUAUGAUCCUAUCCGAUCUAAUUAUGAUCCAGUAAGGGAGACAGUCGUGAGCCACAACCCUUUCAGCUCACAGGUUUCUCCUCAACACCAUAACGCUCAAAAAUCACCAUCAAUCUCUUCUUUGGUAGAUCCUCCUGGACACUCACCAUCUAUUGCAAGCCAGUCAUUCUUCAACCAACAGCAAGCGGCCAGGUUGCACCAAGAAGCGCAACCGUCACCUACAGCAAACAGACUUGCACCUUCUGCUGUCAUUGAAUCACCAUCUCAACCUCACCCACAACCUCCAACACUUGUUUCAAGGAAAUCUGAUACUAUGGUACCUGGUCCCACCCCCAUGGUGAAGAGAGCCUCGUUAGGUCAUGGUAGUACUGCAACGUCAUCAACGGCAGCUUCGCCCAAGCCGCCGAAGCUCAAGGAAGCCAAAGAUGUAUAUCCCCCUCCACCUCCACUUCCUGGAUCAGGCCUGAUGCAGCUUGGUGGGAUUGGUGGCGGCCCUACAGAUGGUGGUACCGAGUUUCGUGCUCCUACUGUCGUCCUACACAUUCCUAUGAAUGGAGAAUCUAACAAAGUCAUAAAUUUCACGCGGAUGGCAGAAGAGCGUUAUGGUUGGGACGCACUUCACCCUCGUCUUGCUGCUCAGCGGGAUCGCCUUGCCCGUGUUGCUGCAGCGGGUGCCGCUCUGGAGCGAAAUGGCUCCAGCCGAGACAGUGGUGAUGACAUGUCACUCGACUCUGAAGGUGAAGGGAGUAACGUUGAAAUGGGUGGUAUGAGUGAUGGUCGAGCUGGCACGGAUAGCGGAGUUAAGAAAGUCGUCCGUAAAAGAAAGAUGAAGGAGGAUGAUUACGACAAGGACGAUGGAUUUGUUGACGACUCAGAGCUGCUUUGGGAAGAACAAGCUGCCGCAGCGGACGGUGGUUUCUUCGUUUAUUCGGGACCACUUGUCCCAGAAGGCGAGAAGCCUGCAUUAGACCUAAGAGCCGAUGGUGCACCAAAACGUGGGCGUGGACGUGGCUCAAGAGGUGGCCGAGGAGGACUCAGUCGUGGUGCCAGUGCUGCUGCUGCUGCAUCUGCUGCCAACGCUGCCGCGGGCGGUGUUGGAAUUAAUGCUAAGACUGGACUUCCUUUGUCAGGACCUGGAUCUCGUGGGGGUUCAACGACCCGUAAACCUCGAAUUACUAAAGCAGAUCGCCAGCGUAUGGAGCAAGAGAAGCUUGAUCGUGAAAAGAUGGGAACCAUGACCCCUGCGCCCGCUGGUUACAAUGGCAUGGCCCAACUUGCUAGCGCAGCUAAUAUGGGCAAUACCCCUAUGGUCUUCAACCAGUAG